AUGUGUGGCUUUGUUGCCACAGUGGGAAAUUUUUUGCUGUAUGAGCUGCUAGUGUUCCAGACGCUGAUGGCGUUUGCAGCUUGGUAUUUCUUCAUGGCAGCCGUGACGCCAGAUAUGCACAUGGCAAAGCCUGUGUCGAUGAUGUCCAUCUUUACGUUUGUGGCGUUUGCUGGCUUCGUGAUCCCGAAGAACCAGAUACCAGACUACUUUGUGUGGAUUUACUGGUUAGACCCUAUCGCCUGGUGUCUGCGUGCUGUCGCUGUGAGUCAAUAUCACUCGUCUGCAUUCGAUUUGUGUGAAUAUGCUGGGAUAAAUUACUGUACGGACCACAAGAUGCAAAUGGGCGAGUACUUCUUGUCGCUGUAUGACGUGCCAUCCGAUAAGAGCUGGAUUUGGCUCGGAGUGGUGAUGUUGUUUGUCAUUUACGCUGGGUUUAUGCUGUUGGGCUGGGCUACGCUUGAGUACAAGCGCUACGAAAGUCCCGAACAUAUCACCUUGACAACGGAGAGCACAGAACCGGUUGCGACUGAUGAAUAUGCACUUGCCACGACGCCCACUAGCGGCAGAAAGACUCCAGCCAUGGGUGUGCAGAGUAGUGAUAAUGUCGCUCUCAAUGUCCGAGCCACCACCAAGAAGUUCGAGCCCGUUGUUAUCGCCUUCCAGGACUUGUGGUACUCAGUGCCAGAUCCUCACAACCCGAAGGAAUCGCUAACGCUACUCAAGGGUAUUAGCGGAUACGCGAUGCCAGGUUCCAUCACGGCUCUCAUGGGCUCUACGGGUGCUGGUAAGACGACGCUCAUGGAUGUGAUUGCUGGUCGGAAGACUGGAGGCACCAUUCAGGGCAAGAUCCUGCUCAAUGGCUACGAAGCGAAUGAUCUGGCCAUUCGACGCUGCACAGGCUACUGCGAACAAAUGGACAUCCACUCGGACGCAUCAACUAUCCGCGAAGCAUUGAUCUUCAGCGCCUUCCUUCGCCAGGACAGCUCGGUACCCGACAGUCAAAAGUACGACUCGGUGGAGGAAUUCCAACAGAACGCAUGA